AUGAACUAAAUGAAUCAAAAUAAUAAUAAUGGCAUUGGGUAUCUACCCUCUCAGAUGUCUAACUCAAUAAAUGGGUUUAGCUAAUUCGGCAACCCCUUUUAAGCUAGUCAAAUGCAGUACAUGAAUUAAGCCAAUGGCAACGGAGUAAAUGUGAUUUAACCUCGAUCUAAUGGCUCAUAUUAGUAUGCGCCUAAUGGAGAUCAGGGGUAAGCCAGUGUGUAAAAUACAGACUCCCAUAUGAACUAAGAAUUGAUGAAAUUUCUACUCAAAUUGAAAAAUAACAAUAUCUAAAACCUAAAAAAUGCCUUAAGAAAGCUUGGCGAAAGAACUUAAGGGAAUAAAGAACAUCUAUUAGUUAGGUUAGCUAAAAAGCUUGCAACUCCUGAAGGUAGACAGAUGGUCAAACAAAAUUUUAGACAAGAGGUAUAUAAGUAAUUGUACGAAGUUGAAAUUCAAGGUAAUUUUUAAAAAAUAGCAUAGGACACAGGCAUGACUCGACUUAUAUAAUAGAGCGCAAUGAAUUCAAAUCAACAAUAGAUACCCUAAAAUGGGCAAAAUAAUCAAAAUAAUAGAAGAUUUCUCAAUCCAAUGGAUGCAUUAUAACAAAAUAACAUGAUACCUUAAACUUUUGGGAGUAAUUAUCAACCAAACAUAGUGCCUCAACCUAUUCCUUAGACUCAACCUGCAAGUUUUGCGAAUGGCUUAAAUCCCUUACUUACUAACUAAUAAGUUAGAAGUUAGUAAGCAUAGGUGAUGACAUAAUAAGUUUAAAGAUAGCCUCAAGUAUCAACGGUCGUUGACAUCAUUGACAUAGAUUCAGACUCGAUAAGUCCUGAUAAAAGUGCAAUGCUUAUGAACAAUGUUAAUUAAAUUCAAAUGUAAUAAAAUAGGAAUCUUAACAAUCCUCAAGAAGAAAAUGAAGCUAAUUUUAUAUCUAAUGGAAAUGAAACGAUAAAAGAUAUGUAGAAAAUAAGUUACAACCAAAUAAUGAUGAGUAAUAAUUACCCAUGUCUGCUGGAUGAGCCUAAUCAAAUCAAUAAAUCAUAGGUUCAGUGUUUUUGUGAAAACUACAAUAGUUUGUACUACCAAGAGGCAAAUAGAGAUAUGAGAACAGCUUAGUCAGGGGGAAUACAUUAAUAUGUUUGCCAUUAAUGCCAAUUUAUGAUAAUCGAUCCUUUUGCAGUGCCAAUUGAAACACUUUUGAGACCUUUUAAGAUUGCAAAAUUAACUACUUAGCAAGUUAAAUCUAAGACUGAGCAAAAGGCUUGGAAAGAAUUCGUUAUAAAGGAAAGUUUAUUCGCAGAAAUCACUAAAUUUAACAAUUUAAAGGAAUCAAGCGUUAGGAUACAGGUUAGAUGUAUAAGGCUGGAUACAUUAGGAUUUGAACAUUGUUGGCCUAAAUUUGGGGGUAUGAGUAUUAAUAACAACCCCCACCCUGAAUUUAGAAUGCCAGAUCCCCCCAAUGAUUAGAAAAAACGUAAAGAUGAUAUGUAUGAUAUAACCUCGUUAGUUCGAAGGCCUAAAAACAGACUCGAAAUCUUUUAAGAAUAAAAGAAUCAUGAUGGAUAUUUUUAGCAUCCAGGUCACAUUUGUGCUGUCUUUGUUGUCAAAGUUAUUCAACCUCACGACAUUAUAAACUUUAUAAAAACUCAACGAAUUGAAGAGCCAUAGUUGAGUUUGAAAAGAGCUGAGCAAUUUUUUGGAAACUCGAGUUCUGGAUCAGCAGACUAAGACAUUUGCGAAAUUGAGACUGAGUUUGCUCAGUAAGUAAGCACUACUACACUCUGCCCUAUAACAAGGAAGCCUAUUAAAUAUGCAGCAAGAGGAGAACUUUGUCGCCAUCUCGAAUGUUUUGACUUAGAGACCUAUGUGAACAUGAAUCACUAACAUAAAAGAUGGAAGUGUCCUAGUUGCAAUAAGCGAGCACAUUCAUUAAUGAUAGACAGCUAUUUUAGCUAGAUAGUUGAUCUCAUGAAUAAUUUAAAGCAAAGUGAUCCUUACACCAAGGAUAAGAUUCAAAUAGAUUCUAAUUUGAACAUUAUAGUGCAGGCCAGUGAUGAGCAGUAAGAUACCUACUUCAAACUAGUAAGACUGUAGUAAAGUGAUUAAAAUGAAUCAGGGGUUAAUUUUAAAUACGAUAUUAAUGAAAGACAAAUUAUCAGUAAGAAUUAAGAGUUGAAUUCAAAAAAGCAAGAUAGUCAAGAUACCACUAGUGGUUCAACUCUUAAUAAAGAUUAGUUGAGUCCAGCUACAGGGAAUGCUUCCUAGAAUAAAGAAGGGAAUGAAGCAUCAGAUGGCAAGGCGGCUAAUUCAAAUAAUGAAGCAGUAAAUAAUAAAAGAAAAGGUAUUUAAACUGGAGAAAUUGCUCUAUAAGAUGCAAUAUGUCUAGACUCAGACGAUGAAAUGCAUUGA